CCAAACCAAAACGUUGACAACUUGUGUGAGUUUUGCAAUGAUGAGGGGUGCUGUUUCGACCGGAUUAGUAACGGUCAUCGUAAUGAUACUUGUGGUUUUGACCCAAAUAGAGAGCGCUAUUGUGAAUGAUUCAUUAUUACCACAUAGAGAGACUUGUAAUAUUUAUAUAGGAAAUUGGGUCUAUGACCAAUCUUACCCUCUCUAUGAUUCCAAGACUUGCCCUUUCAUCGAGAAACAGUUUAACUGCAAGUCCAAUGGUCGCCCUGACAGCGAAUACCUCAAGUAUCGGUGGCAACCAUCCGACUGCAGCCUCCGCAGAUUCGAUGGCUUAGAUUUUUUGGGAAGAAUAAUGAGAGGGAAGAAACUGAUGUUCGUAGGAGAUUCACUGAGUUUAAACCAAUGGCAGUCUCUAACUUGUUUGCUUCACAAUGCCGCACCAAACGCCAAAACCACCCUCACACGUUCCCCUUCUGGCCUCUCCGUCUUCUCAUUCCCGGCUUACAAUUCUACAAUAAUGAUGUCGAGAAACGCGUUUCUUGUGGAUAUAGUCGGAGCCCCACCGAAUCGAGUAAUGAAGCUCGACUCAAUCUCGAGCGGUUCCUUGUGGAAAACCGCAGACGUUUUGAUCUUCAACUCUUGGCAUUGGUGGCUUCACGAUGGCAGAAAACAGCCAUGGGAUUCAAUUGCGUACGGUAACGUAACGGUUAAAGACAUGGACCGAUUAGAGGCGUAUGAGAAAGCUAUGACGACUUGGGCUAAUUGGGUUGAUCAAAACAUUGAUCCUUCCAAAACCAAAGUCUUCUUCCAAGGUGUUUCUCCGGACCAUGGCCGCGCAAACGAAUGGUCGAAACAAGGUGGCAAAGGCAGUUGCAUUGGAGAAACAAGGCCGGUUAUGGGAUUCAAUUACCUGGCGGGACCACACCGAGCGGAGAUGGUGGUGGCGAAACUAAUAAAGAAGAUGAAGAAGCCGGCGCGGUUAAUGGAUGUGACAUUGAUGUCUCAGCUAAGGAAAGAUGGACAUCCUUCCAUCUACGGGCUUGGUGGUCACAAGGCACCAGAUUGUAGCCACUGGUGUCUUGCUGGAGUUCCCGAUACCUGGAACCAGCUCUUGUAUACAGAGUUGUUUAAUUACUGAUUUCUUUGAUGGUUAGUAACUGUUAAAAAAACUAAAUUAAUUAUAUGAUUUACUUAUCACCUAAUUAAGCAUGUUUAUUUUAGAUUUUCCUUUUCC